AUGGCCCAGCUGGACGCCGGUAAGCACCUGUAUUUCAUACCAGAGUCACAGAUCUGUGGACGCAUCCGUCCCCAUCGGCAAGGCCAAGGGCUCUUCUCGAUCGAGGUUGGUGCCGCACACGCUGCCGACGUAAUGAUGGCAGCUAUUCCUCGCGGCGAGGAGCUACAGAUUCAACUUUAUCACGACUCGGACACGAUCCCCGCAAACCAGAUGAAUUGGAUCCGCCAGACUCUGGAAACGAUACAAGACAUUGUCCAGCAGAGUACGGGCACGUGGCCCGCGGCAACGGGGUCGUCGCCAUUGAGCGUGGGCGAGGCACAAUACGCCCCGGCACGAUGUCCUUCACAAGGCGCCAGAGAUGUCGUGAUUCAGGGGUGGAAGGAACUAGGGCUGGCAGUUGGCCUGGGAGACAAAGGUUCCAUAUUCGCUGACGAUGCUGACAUUGUCAGCGCCAAGCUACUGAGCGAGUACUACCAGUAUCGCGGGUAUAACGUCUCCGUCAAGGACGUUAUUCGGCAUGCGAGUCGCCUGUUGCAAGGACACAUGUUGGAUGGAAAGAGCCCGCCGAGGACCCUGCAAGAAGAAGGGGCAAUGCGUCGCUGCUAA